CUGCAUUCCCAACAUAUCUCUUUGCUGUCUGGCGUUUUUGGCGCAGAAUAACACAAGCACCGGGUGCUGCUUGUCAUUUCUAUGAAUUCUUCUAGAUAUAGUAUUUGCCCGAUAUCAGCGAAAGACUCUGGGGAUAAACGAGUGGUGAACUGCGCCGUAUUUGACACCCACGGACAUCUGCGAUGGACUGCCCGCUUCUCGUGUGGAUGCUUUCGCUCAACCGCGAAGUUUCGAUUGAGGAAUACAAAGAGUGCUAUGAGCUUGUGAAGCAGUGCGUCCCACAUUUCAAGAUCAAACAUGAGCCAGCGAACGGGGAGUCGUUUCGACAGAUUGUGAGUCAAAUGAUGCCCCUGCUGAUGAUGCGUCACCGCCGGGUGCCGCGGUCGAAGUGGAAGGACAAUGCGACGCCGCUGGGGAAGCACUGGAUUGAGCAGGACCCAGAGGGCAUGCACCCCGAUCGAUGGCUGCGCUCGAUGAUUGGAUACAGCCUCGCGUACGAGAAUUCGCUCGUUGGCAUGGCCAUGGUCCAGGGGCGCCAGCGCGAGGUCGUCAAUAUUGGUAUUGGGAUCAAGCAGCUUGCGGUCGAGCCGCGCGACGUGACGGUGAAGGCGUACGCGGAGUCGCUGUCUCAUAAGCUCACAACUCUUGAAUUGUCCUUCAUCACACCCGACCUUGCCGACGAUGUCAUUCUCCGCCGACUGUGUAUUCUCCUCGCGCUGAAACAGGCGUACAUCAAGGCCAUCGGACAGCCCAUCGGGUUUGACUGGUCACGGCUCGAAUUCAAUAUCCCGCAGGAAGAGGCCAUGGGCGACGGCGCACCGCUGCAGGGCUGGGAGUUCAGGAUAUUCCGCUCGGUUCUUGGCGUGAAGCGGCGGGGCGUCUUGAUUGAGGAGACCUACCAGUGCGUGUCUGCAUUCUUCCGGGGCACGAAGGAGAGCAAGUUCGUGUGGCACGAUAACCAGAAAGACUUGGAGAGCUGGGUACAGUUCAUUAAUAUCGAUCAGAUGAUCAAGGUUAUCCCCAAGUUGACGGCUUGACGUGCUGCGGUGUGUCUUGUCGUUCCCUGCCUUCAUGAACUUGAACCCUCCUCGCGCAUUGUACUAUAGCAGUUCUCUAGAUGCUCCAGUUUCUUAUCAAUCUCUCGUCUGUUGUCCCACUUAUCUCCAGUAAUCAGUCGCAUGUAUUCCGUACCACAUUUUGUAUUGUCGUUCAGAUGUGCUGAGAUAAACGCCCAGGGCGUAAGUCGUGCUUGUAUUCACCAUUGCGCAAACCGG